AGUUACCAUGGUUUCUAGCGGGCAGAUCAAUGCACGACGUACAGCAUAGGGUGAUUCGUGGAGCAGGUCGCUGGGAAUUGGAGCCCUUGCCAGGGCCGUUAAGCAUGGGGACGAGCACCUAGCUGCAGCCCUUACAUUGUUCUCUAUCGUACCUGUUGCUGGUUGCUUGAAGUUCAAGGGAUUGUGACAGCGAUGAAGCGAGGGCGCACUUUUGGCCGGACGUUGUGCUGAGCACCCAUUCUGAGGCACCUUACGAUCCCGCUGCGAGUUCACCAGAUUAGCUACGAUGGCCUUUUUUACUGUGUCCCAUCAGAAAGGCCCGCCCUUUACUGGCAGCAAACCCGGUGGAUGAUGAGCUCAAGUCGGCACGCAUUGGCAGGAACAAUGCAGGGUUCUGAUGUAGCUUUCAUCCUAGAGUUCCUCCGUCAGCAUGAUCUCAAGGUGGCGGAAGAGGCCCUCCGCAACGAGUUGGCAGCAAAGGGCAACCUGCUGUCAGAUCCACCUGUUGGCAAGGCCAGUGGGAAGGUUUCUGUUUCAGGGAACGGAAGCAUCAGCCAGCUGGGACUAGCUCAGUUGGUGACAGGUCCUGCUGCUCCUAGUGUUGAAGAUGCAAUCCCUCAAGGCCUGGCUCCAGUGAGGAUCCAUUCGAGCCAUGAUCUCCUCAAGGCAGGAGAAGAGCCGGUGGAAGAAAAGGGGAAGCGGAAAUCAGUCUCCGACCUAUCCAUGGUCCCCCCGCCCCUUCCUAUCGCCGAGCCAGUCACUUCCCCUGCCAUCUCACCCCCUACACAUGAGAGUAGUUCGGGCUCAAUUAAGCACCAUAAUGUGCCUGCAAAACACAAACCCCGGGGGACGGGACACAAGAACCAGAAGCAGCCAGGGGCGGCCGAUGGGAAGGCCGCUGGCUUCAAGCCAACCUGGGCGCGGCGGGAGUCCACAGAGAAGGGGGAGCCUGCAGAGCCUACUUCCCUGCAGCAGGCACGGGAGAUGCUGCUGGGAUUGGCAAUGGGCGGAGAGCAGGCGUCUGGGACACGGCCGGCGGAGGAGGAGUGGGACAGCGACGAGUACGAAGACGAGGACGAUGUUGGGUAUCACCGGCAGGCCAUAGAGGACGAGGAGGCCUUCCUGGCGAAUGAGAUUGAGACGCCCCCCGAAGAGGACGAGGGCCGGAGGACCAGCGCAGGCGGCGAAGGGGCGCACGAAAAGAAGGAGGGCAUUGGGGAUGACCCGUCGUUUCAGGAGGAGGCGUACUUCUCAGGGGAGGAGUACUACAAGCUGGAGGGGAAGCCUCAGGAAGACGACGACGAGACGUCGUCCGAGGCGAGCGUUCGCGAACUGGAGCAGGCCCAGGCAAAGGCGCUGUCGCGGCAGAGCUCGGGGCUGGGGGAUGAAAGCGCCGUGGUAGAAGUGGAGGACUUUGGGAUUCUGACCGCUCCAGAGGGGGUGGUGGAAAGGCAGCGGCCGGGGGAGGGGGACGAGAAAGCGAGGAAGAAGGGCCUGGCGGACCUGCUGCAGAAGCUGACGGCAAAGCCUACGGAGAGGACGAGCAACGGCCGCCCCGCGGAAGAGAUCCCGGGUAGCGAGAAGCUGACGGGAGUAGAAGCAGAGGCGGCCGAGGCUGCUGCAGUGCUCGCUCAGUAUGAGAAGGCUGCUGAGGGCGCAAAGAGGGCCCCGGGCGCGCCGGAGGAGGGGCUCUCAGGGUUCUCCUUCCCCGAGCCCGCUUCCGUGGACAUUGCGCCUCCGAUAAUACUCGAAACAGGGGGCAAGUCGGUGUGGUCGGUGGACAACUUGUCCCCUGCAAGGACCGACCCCGAGGCGAACAACGAGUCCCCGCCCCUGGCGAUGCCCGACGCAGACGACAUGCUCGCGGGGUUUCUGCGCAAGAGCAACGAGACGUCGCCGGUUGCGAGUCCGAAGGAGGAGGUGCGAAAUGAGGAGGGGCAGGAGGACUUGGAUGACGACAGGGGGGAUAGCAUGCGCGCGGAGGAGGGGGAUGACGACAUCGACGCGGCGCUGGAGGAGGGUGACGAGGACGCGGCGGUGCACGAGCAGCUGCAGCGGAUGAAGGCGGAGGAGGAGGAGUUCGAGGUGUUUGACUUGCGAGUGAUCCACCGCAAGAACAGGACCGGGUUCGAGGAGGAGAAGGACUUCCCGGUGCAGCUGAACGCGGUGGUCGCGGGGCGGUACCACGUGACGGAGUACCUGGGCAGCGCGGCGUUCAGCAAGGCGAUCCAGGCGCACGACCUGCAGACGGGGAUGGACGUGUGCAUGAAGAUCAUCAAGAACAACAAGGACUUCUUCGACCAGAGCCUGGACGAGAUCAAGCUGCUCAAGUACAUCAACAAGCACGACCCCGCCGACGAGCACCACAUCCUGCGCCUCUACGACUACUUCUACCACCGGGAGCACCUGUUCAUUGUCUGCGAGCUGCUGCGCGCUAACCUGUACGAGUUCCACAAGUACAACCGGGAGUCUGGCGGGGAGGUCUACUUCACCAUGGCACGGAUACAGUGCAUCACGGUCCAGAUCCUGGAGGCGCUGCACUUCCUGCACGGGCUGGGCCUGCUGCACUGCGACCUGAAGCCGGAGAACAUUUUGGUGAAGAGCUACUCGCGGUGCGAGAUCAAGGUGAUCGACCUCGGCAGCAGCUGCUUUGCGACGGACCACCUGUGCAGCUACGUGCAGUCGCGCAGCUACCGCGCGCCGGAGGUCAUCUUGGGCCUCCCGUACAGCCACAAGAUCGACAUCUGGUCGCUCGGCUGCAUCCUGGCGGAGCUCUGCAGCGGCACGGUUCUCUUCCAGAACGAUUCUUUGGCCACUCUGCUGGCUCGCGUUGUUGGCAUCCUGGGCCCCAUCGACCCGGCCAUGCUGGCUCGAGGCAAGGACACCCACAAGUACUUUACCAAGGCCAACAUGCUCUACGAAAGGAACCAGGAAACUGACCGACUCGAAUACCUUAUUCCAAAGAAAACGUCCCUCCGGCACCGCCUCCCCACUGGCGAUGCUGGCUUCACCGAGUUCGUAAGCACGCUGCUAGAGACGAACCCCGAAAAGAGGCCUUCUGCUGAGGAAGCCCUCAGGCAUCCUUGGUUAAAAUUUCCUUACGAACCUUUCAACUGACAAGAAGGUAUGACCAGGGCAAGAAAGGCUUAGAACGAAGUCACACAUUAAGCUCAUGAAUGAGUUGAUCACAGCAUAGUCGGCUCCAAAGAGUCGAAAUAAGGAAGUGUUUGACAGGUUAGCAUGGACGCCCAGUCCGGUAACGAGAGCCAGCAAGGCAUGAGUUUGUUGUGCGCCUGCCGUUUUGUACCAUAUAGUUGGUUCCUGGUCCUUAAAUGUCCACCUUUUGAAACAAUGACCGAUCAAAUGAUCCUACUAAGUUUCGUGAUCUUGUAGACAU